GUUUAGAUAAUCUCCGCAUAUAUAUUACCAUUCUCCUAUACCCACUGCGUUGGGAGAUAACAUAGACUCAGAAAGCAUGAGACUCCUGCUGUUAGCUUGCUUUCUCGGCUUUGCCGCCGCAGAUUUCUUACAAGACGCUGACACUGCCGUGGAGGAAAAUGUGAUUGCUUUCUUCCAGGGAGCAGUGAAGGCUGGCUCGUUGUCUCAAGCCCUUGGUGUGAAUGACCCCGAAGUGGAUCAAAUUGGCGAACACCUGGAAUCAGAACUUGGCAAAAAAAUCCGUGAGGCCCUCAAGGAGAUUUUGCUCAAGAUCAGAGACCAUGUUGAAAACGGAAAGGCCGCUGGACAUGAUCUUGCCGAGAAGGUGAAGGAGCUCCGUGAGAAGCUGCGCAACCUGGGCGAGAAGGAGGGCGAGAAAGUCAGCGAAAUCCUGAAGGAGAUCCGAGAGAAGGCUAAGGAAGCCCUCAAGAAGAUCCUCGAGAGACUCGGAUACGGCAAAAGGAAUCUGGAUGAUUCUAUGGAUCAUGUCGCUCGCAUGAGAUUCAGAGAAAUCAUCGAAAAGAUCAAGGAAAAGAUUUUGUCCAAUGAGUUCAUCCAGAAGAUUCGAGAAUACAUUCGAAACCACUAUGGCGAUAGCCCUAUUGUGAAGAAACUGAAAGAAUUUGUUGAGAGUUUGCAAGACGGGGAACUCAAAGAGAUCCUUAGCCACCUGUUCGACUACCAGCAACAAAACUCGGUGCAACUGCGCGGUGAAACUUGGGACAAAGUGAAGAGCUUCUUCAAGGACCUCAACAUCAAGAUCCAGGAGCACAGCAAGAAAUUCGGACAGUGGGUAAAAGACAUGUGGGGUAAGGGACUCGACAAGAUGAAGGACAAAUACGGAACCAUCAAGGCUAUUGCCAUGGAGUUCAUCGCCAAUUCAAAGGACAUGAGCGCCGAGAUGACCAGAGAAGCCCUCGAGUUUUUCCGUCCCUACAAAGAUGACCUUGGUACCCUCUGGAACAAAUUGGUAGACGCCACCAAGGAAGCGAUCGGAAAAUUUUAGAUUUUGAAUAAAUAAUUUGCUUUCUUUGUC